UUAAACAUUAAAAAAAUGGCAACAGUGGAGGCAUUAUACAAGGAACUAACCGCCGAAUGGACCAAGCGGCCGCCAAAUACGCCCAAGUGCGGCCAACUGCUGGAACAGCUAAAAGUGGCAUUGGUCAAAAUGUCAUUUCUGCCCACAGACGGCGGCGAUGCGCAGAACUCGAAGAAACAGCUUUUGCUGGCGCGUUCCGUGCUGGAAAUUGCCGUGGAGCACAGCGUUCUAAACAAGGAUCUGCUCGCCUUCGAGCGCUACAUGUCACAGCUGAAGUGCUAUUACUACGACUAUGCCAAGAUCAUUGGCGAAUCGGACAGCAAAUACAAAUUGUUGGGCCUCAAUCUGCUCUAUCUGCUUUCCGGCAAUCGUGUAUCCGAUUUCCAUACAGAACUGGAGCUGCUCUCCGUUGAUAUCAUACAGCACAAUCAGUUCAUACGACCCAUUCUGGCGCUGGAGCAGUACAUCAUGGAGGGACGCUACAACAAGAUAUUUCAGGCCAAAUCCUCGAUGCCCGCCGAGGUGUAUAACUAUUUUAUGGAUUUGCUGGUGGAGACGGUGCGCGAUGAAAUUGGCGCCUGCAUUGAGAUGUCCUACGAGAAGAUAUCGGCCAAGGAUGCCGCCAAGCGUCUGAAUCUCCGAGUGCCCGACGAGAUUAAGGCAUUUGGCGAGAAGCGUCAAUGGAAGCUGGAAAGCAAUGGCAAUUACAGCUUCACCGAUCGAAGCAUCAAGCCCAAGGAGCUGCUGCCAUCCGAGGAGCUGGCCGAGCAGGUGCUCAGCUAUGCGCGCGACCUGGAAAUGAUAGUUUAAACCUUGUAAUAAAUAAUAACUAAAAGAAUAAAGUCAAAUAUUUUCUAUUUAA